CCUUCUAACAACUCCAUUCUAGCAACUACCUAAAUAGCGACGCUGGAGACUCCCUGUUUCCAUUCAUUAUGUGCAGUAACUCUGUGGAGACUGAGAGUCAUAAGAAAAUGGAAAGUUAUUGCAUUAACCCAACUGAUCUGUCAGAUGAGAUACUUCUACAAAUUCUAAGCCACGUACCAAGCACAGAUCUGAUAUUAAAUGUGAAGAAUUCAUGUCAUAAAUUUGCCGCUUUAUGUCUUGACAAGAGCCUUACCAACAGUGUAGUUCUCCAUAAACAGUAUCAAGCCAGAGAUGAAGAAGUGAAGCAAAUGCUUAAAGUGAUAUCCCGAGACAUCUGUGAGCUUGACAUAAGUUACUGUUACUGGUUGAAGUUCUCUACAGUGGAUAUUGUGUCGAGUUGUAGGAAACUUAUUAAAUUGGAUAUGGCUGGCUGUUGUGUAACCUCUAUACGGUUGUCUAAGAUUCUUUCAAAUCUUAAUUUUUUGCGUUCAUUAUCAGUUGACAUCAAUUCAGGUUUUGACUCAGGGCAGCUAAGUAGUGAGUGCAGAACUACUCUAGGGCGCUUAAGAGAAUUGAAACAGACACUGUUUAUUCCAUCAUAUGGCGUUGUUCCCUGUUGCACUAGUCUUGAGAAGUUGCUUCUUUACUUUGAAGUCUUGGAUAGAACUCAUGAAGGAAUGGUAAUGUCUGGACAACUUUUGGUAGGAGAAAGUAAUGUUCCCCAUUAUCAAAACCUGAGGCUAUUUUAUGCUCGUCUUGCACCUGGAUACAUAAAUGAAGAGGUUGUUAGAUUGUACUUGGCAGUUCUUAGUGACCGUACUCCAGACAAUCUUAGAUCUUUUCUAAUAUCUGUUCCUGGGAACUUAACAGAAAGCAGAGCUGCCAAAAAUCUCUUUGAAUCCAUGGCAAAAAAUUUAACAUUAGAGGCCUUCCAGUUACCAAAAUCAUGGCUUAAUGGAUCUUUACUCCAACACAUGAAGUUUAGUUGUCCUUCAUAUUUGAGUUUUAGCCGCUGUAUGAUUUCUGGUGAACAGCUUACUCAAAUGCUCCUGAAUAGUGGAAGAGACUGCAAGAGCCUUGUCAGUUUGAAUUUGAGGGGUUGCCCAUUAUGCCUUACUUCAAACAUACCUUUUAAAAAGCCAGAGGAUGAUAUAGACUGUUCAGUUUUAGAUAGACUAAUAUCUGCAUGUCCAAACCUUGUACAUUUGAACUUAUCAUCAGCACACCAUCACAGUUCAGAUACAUCUGGAAUACAUCUUUGUGACAUUCUUUCACAGCUGAAGAAAUUGCGUUCAUUAUCUUUGCCAGUGUGUGCUAUAGCAGAUUGCAAUAGAACUAGCAAAAAUCAAUCUACUGGACAAUCUUCACCCAGCACUUCUUCUAUUACAUUUGGCAAAAAGGUGCGUAUUGGGGCACAAACCUUUCCAAAGGAACCUGAAGAGCAAGAUAAGCUUAAAUUACAGUCUGCAUUCUGGAAACUUCUUAAGGAAAUACCAGCUGUGGAGUACCUUGAACUGAUUGGCUCUAAUUUCUAUUCAGUUAUGCCUCGAAAUGAUCCAGCAAUACGAAAUACUUACCCACCAUGUAAGCAUUCUCACAAUGUGAGCGAUGCAGAUGUCACGGCAAUCAGUCAACUCAAUUUUUUGCGAAGUGUUACACUAGCCCAACUCCCAGGAAUACUUACAGGAUCUUGCCUUGUAAGCAUUGGCAGGAGCUGUCAACAGUUGCGUACGCUGUCACUGGCAAAUUUUGGUAUGAUGGGAAAAGUUGUGUUCAUGUCCUCUCUGUGUGAGAUGUUGACUCACUGCAAAUAUUUGAAAGAUCUGAGAUUGGAACAACCAUAUUUUCCAGCAAAUGAUAAGUUCUUCUUGGCUCUUAGCCACUGCUCAUCUCUGCAACGCCUAUGUAUUAUAUCUCGGAAUGGAAAUUUUCAGGCUGAUGCUGUGAUAUCAUUUAUUCACAAAUGUCAAGAGCUAAUCAUGUGUCAUCUGUUCACUGGAGAAAGGUUAAUGGCUUGUAAAACCCUCCAGAAUGAUAUAACAAAAAGGUUUUCUUUAGAGCGACCAGCACUGAACACCAUCAUUUUCCCAUUACUUCAUGAGAAUUUGGCUGAAGUGAUCAAAGAUGUUCCCUUGAUGCAUUUGGAUGAAAUAACUUUAUUCAAAAGUAGAGUGGCAGAGGAACCCCCCAACCUAUGGCACUAAAUUUUAGCCAAUCUUCAGAAAAAGAAAAAAAAAAAGUGCAUGAACCAAUGUUAUCAUUUACCUUUGCAUUAGGGCUCAUGCACAUGACCAUAUGUAUUUUGCGGUCUGCAAAACACAGAUCUGCAAAUAAAAACGGAUGACGUCUGUGUUGGAUCCGUUUUUGGU